AUGACGAGCCUGGUGCAGGGCAUGGCCUUCGACCCGCCGCGGCGCGGGCCGCCCUUGCAGCAGGAGGACCGCGAGGACGACGAGGCCCGCGCGUUGUCGCAGGCCUGGCUGGAGAGCCGCCUGCGCGGCCUCUCCCAGGAUGAUUUCGGAGGAGGUGUCCGCAUUUUCAGCACCAGCGACCUGGAGGCCCCCGAGGCCUUCCGCGACGUGUGGCACGUGAUCUCCAGAGGAGAUGUCAGCAAUGGCCCGCCACUGAUCAGCGAUGAGGAUUCGGCCAAGCUGCAAACGAUCCUGGUGUUCUGCAACCCGAACCAGGUCAGCGAGGUCCAGAGGCUCUGCGACGUCAUCACGAACAUCGACGUGACAAGCAGCGACGCCCCGCCGAUGUUCUGGGUGCCCCACUCCGUGGCGCCCGACAAGCGGGGCCACACGGACCUCAUGCGGGCAGACCAGGUGAACGACAUCCUGACCAGGGGCCUGGACGGCAUCGUGAGCGGCGAGCCCGCGGGGCUGCGGCUCUCCAUGGCCGUGCGCAUGAAGAUCAAAAAGUCGGCGACCAUCCCGGAGAAGCUGAACGACAUGCUCACGGAGGCGCGCAAUCGAGGACAGUACGGACAGUACCUGCAGCGCUGCGCACACGCGACCCUGUGGGACUACGUGAGGGCUCGCCUGGCGCCCGACAUCCCGGCGGUGGACCACACCCUCGAGCCCGGAGACCCGCAGCAGGUUCCAGGGUACAUCGUCGGGAACAAGCUCGGGCAGGGGUCGUUCGGGGCCGUCUACAAGCUGACGGAGAGGCCGGAGACGGGAAACAGCGUCGAGGUUGUCAAGGCAGUGCCCACCGAGGGCAUCACGCGGAUCAAAGACCUCAUGUACAUGAACAGAAUGAUCCGCGUGAUGAACAUGUUGAGCGAUGAGCAGGGGCGGCACCCGAACAUCAUCCGCCUGCACCGCACCUACCACACGCCGACGCACAUUCUUUUCCGGAUGGAGUACGGGGGCCCAGAGAACUUGUACAAGCGCCUGCGCGACCGCCAGACACUGCAGGCUGAGAAUGCGCGGCCACUGUCCCUGGACAAGGUUGUGACGAUCAUCACCCAGGCGGUCGACUUGGUGUGGCACCUGCACACGGUGGUGCAUGUCUGCCAACGCGACAUUAAGCCAGAGAACAUCAUGGUGAACGAGACGCCAGAGUCCAUCACGAUCAAGCUCACAGACUUCGACCUCGCUGUCUCCUUCGAGGACGAGGGCAAGAUGUGCAGCAGCCCCUGCGGGACCCUGCCCUUCGCCGCCCCCGAGGUGCUGCUGGACAGCCCCUACGACGUUUGCCUGGCGGACAUCUGGAGCCUCGGCGUGGUCUUCGCGGAGGUGCUCUGCGGGGUGCGCGUGGUGGAGCUCGCGAUCGAGCACGCGGGGCUGCAGGUGCGGCCCCUGGGCGUCAACACCGCGCUCGCGGAGUGCAUCCGCACCUUCUUCCGCAUGCCCGCCGCGGCGGCCCGCCUGCUGGAGGAGCGCUGCCGCCCAGAGCUCCGCCCCCUGCAGCCCCUCGGCGGCGCGGUGCUCGCCAGGACGCUGACGGUCGACCCCGCGCGGCGGAUGGACGCCGACGGCGUCCGCUCGGUGGUGGAGCAGGGCCUCGCGCCGCUGGCCCUGGGGCCUGCCGCGCCCGGCAGGUAG